ACUCUAACCUUUAACUCGGUCAUGUUGAGCGGUUAGCUGCAGCUGAGUUAACCAGGUUAACCAGGUUAACCAGGUUAACCAGCGGCUCAGUUUGGUUAACUACCAACUCUAAGGACAGUUAGCUGGCUGUUCCUGUUAGCAGAGGAUCUCCUGUCACCAACAAGCACGUGUGUGUGGACUGUAAGAAGAACUACUGCAGCGGUUGCUCUGCCCAGCAGGAGCUCCGCCCCCGCCUCUGUCACACCUGUCAGCGUUUUUAUGGGAACCUGCUGGAGAGGGCGGAGCUUAUGAAGCUGAAGGUGAAGGAGCUCAGGGACUACCUGCACCUGCAUGAGGUCUCCACUCACCUGUGCAGAGAGAAGGUGUUUCUGCAGAGCUCCAUGAACUGCACUCACACUGUACAACAGGAGGCGGUGUGGUCGGACACAACAUGCAGAUCGAACCGAUCCUGCUUUAAUCUGUGCUCUGCAGCUGUGAGGAGGAUCCACACGGUUCACUUUUUACAUCUUCAAACUGAAUAAAAAUGAGUUCAAACAUG